GCCUUUCUGUUUGUUUGUUUGUUUUUUUGGGUUUAACGCCGUUUUUCAACAGUAUUUCAGUCAUGUAACGGCGGGCAGUUAACCUAACCAGUGUUCCUGGAUUCUGUACCAGUACAAACCUGUUCUCCGCAAGUAACUGCCAACUUCCCCACAUGAAUCAGAGGUGGAGGACUAAUGAUUUCAGACACAAUGUCGUUUAUCAAAUAGUCACGGAGAACAUACGCCCCGCCCGAGGAUCGAACUCACGACCCCGCGAUCCGUAGACCGACGCUCUACCUACUGAGCUAAGCGGGCGGGCUUCUUGCCUUUCUGGGUAAGUACGAUGGUUGCAACUAAAGUUGUAUGCAGUGUUGAUGCCAUGUUUCACAAAAGCUAGAGGCAGGCCAUGGAUGAUAUUUGAGGCCUGGUCUGUUGAUUUCACACGAGAAAGGAGGUUGUUGAUGUACAUAAGGAAGAGAUGAAGGCAAAGAACACUAUAGCUGCUUGCAGAGGAAGCCUCUAAACUAUAGCCCCAUUAGGGAUACUUGCAAUGUCUAAAAACAGGAAAUUGGCUGUCCAAGAUUUAAUGCAGCUUCUGACAUUUAGUUGUCCAGCUUCUGUAGAAGAUGGUAUAAUGAUUGAUUUUAAUAAAGGCCUUACUAGAUUCUAUAAAAAUCUAUUUGUUGAUUUAGCUGAUGCCUUUGAUAGUGAGGAUGAGUUUGGCAUCAAGGAAUGUUUUUUUUCUAGAAUAAGGAGUUAGAAGUGGCAUUAUGUAGAUUUGGGUAUAAGAAAAAUAUAUAUGAACUUGAUGGGAUAUUAAGAUAAUUUAUUUUGAGCUUUCUUUAAACAACUAUAUAACAAAAGAUAAAGUAGCAACAAAGCAAGAAGUGAUAAUUUUCGAACGUGUUGCUAUAUUCUAAAAGUAAAUAAAACAGCGUAACGUUAUAAUUUGGGUAACGUUACACGGAAAUGUUCCGGCACCGGUGACGGGAUUUAACUGAAGCCGAUUGUCGUAAAAACAUUAUCGACUGCUUUCCGAUACUAACAACGGAUAUGUAAACAACAAGUUAAUUGAUGAAUUUAUUUCUAUUUUCGUCUGUGUUUAAGUCAACUAAACAGCGGAAAUAAGUGAAAUAGGUCUGCAUAUCUUAAUUGUUCUUUGAAUUUAGCGGGUCUCGCGAAAACACCCGAAUCUGUCCAGAAUGGGAGACCGAGAUGUCGAGACAACCGCUCUGCAAUUUUGGGACACUCGUAAGAAUUUCUGAUUCUGAGGAAGAAGACACUGAUAAAAGAAAGCUCAAGAAGAAAAUGAAGAGGAAUGGUACACAGUCCUCUCUACAUGAUGCACGAUCCAGACCAUCAACUGUAAACGAAGAAGAUCAGAGGGAGGAAAAUGGUGUCUGGUUUUGGGUGAAUAAGAAUGGCUUCCCAGUAGACGAUAUGACAUGGGGAAGGAUGUGGGAUCAUGUUGCUAAAAUACAUCCGGAUGGUUACAAGAUGGUCUCAACCAUCAGAGGAAAUAGCAGUCUUCCUCAGGUGCCAGUGCCUCAAGCUCCAAUGAGUUUCUCACCCUCUCUGUCUAUUCUAGAGAGGCUGGAAAAGAUACAGAAUUACAUGAAUACGCUACAAUAUAAUCACACUGGUACACAAUUCUUUGAAAUAAAGAAAAACAGACCAAUUUCUGGGCUGAUGGAAGUAGCCAAGGACAUGAUUCGGGAAUCACUGCCAAUCAAGUGCCUUGAAGCCAUUAUUCUUGGAGUCUUCCUGACCAACGGCAUGAUGGGAAUGGAAAGAUUUCCUAUUAGUUUCAAGACGCAGUUCAAUACAAACAUCCAUCGUCAUGUAGUGCUUGGUGUGUACCAUGCCGGUCGUUACGGAGCACUCGGCAUGUCCCGCAGAGAUGAUCUCAUGUAUAAACCACUGAUCUACAAGACACUGUCAGAGUUGAUCAUAGAUUAUGAAAGAGCCUAUAAAAAAUACUGGCAUGAUGUGAAGAAAAUAAAGAUUGGUCUUCCUAUACCACAUGAUCCACACAGCUAUGAGUUUAUCCAGUGGAAGACUUUGACGUUGACUUGCAGUCGUUUAACACAACAGGAACUGAUCAAAGAGAUUGAUACACAUGCCACAGAAAUAAGGACAAGGGGACUGCACAGAGAUUUUGAGUCACCUACUGUGAUGUACUCUUCAAGAAAGAAGUCAAGAUCUUGGUCAGUUCCACAGACAAACUCACCGCGGAAGUCGAUGUCAAUUGCUGACCUGGACCAUCCUCGACAUUCCAAAUCUAACGGCAACCAUUCCUCACAAUCUAGCUUCACCCAGGCCAUCAAACUGUACCAAGGUGGAACUACAAAAGAAGUGAGCACUGGGAAAAAGAAAGAAGGGGCAGAUCUUGGGGAGUACCAGAUUAGAAUUUGAUAGGUAACAGAUUCGGGGAAUACAAGAUCAGGAUCUGAUAGGCAGCAGAUCUUUGGGAAUACCAGAUUAUGAUUAGUCAUUUGAUAAGCAACAGAUCUCAUAGAAUUUGAUCUCUACAAUAUUUGUGUACAACUACUGUUGGUAAACAGUUCUGAGAUUAUAUUGCAACUUCCAGUGACUUUGUGUUGAACCUUGCAGUGUAUUCAAUAGAGAAUCGGACACUGGAAUUAGGAUUUUCAGGAAAAAGAUACUCAGAAAGGGACCAUUUUGAGAGCAAUUUAUACACAGGACAUUGAAUUAACUAUUGACUGUGAUAAUGUAUUAUGUAAUGUAUAUUUGAUUUGAUAAGGUUGUGAUAUCAGUCCAGAAAUGCUCUUGUUGUUAGAAUGGCAGUCACCAUAAAUGAAAAUGCUAAUGUAAGAUGUUUAUAUACACAUUGAUGGAUUUUUAUUUUUUUUGUUCAGUGAUGCUGUAGAUAGGGUAUAUCUUGCCUUAAGUUUAUUUCACAGUUGCUAGUCAACAGCCAUAUUCUGUUACUUCAAUAUUUACAUCUGUUUUAGUUGUGAGUCGCGUUUUUCAUGCAAAUAAGUUAAAAGAAAAACUGUUGUGAAUGAUACCCUUUCUAUCUUUAUAACCACUCGUCUGACUUAGUCAUAAUUAUAUAUUUGUGAUAAAUGUUUUUAAAGUU